UCCCGUCUUUGCGAAACUUAAGAAAAACCCAACGACAAAAAAAAUUCCUUAACAAGAGUUUUAUGAGCGUGGUAGCACUGAAAAUAAUAAUAAUAAGUAAAGCCACAGUGAGCCUUUCAGCCAUUUUGGUUUAUUUUAUCACAAAACUGAAGCAACGUGACACGCUGUAUUGUGAUUUUAUAAAGUGUUUUUUUAAAAAUUGAAUAAAAUUAAAAGAAGAUAAUAGACAUGACUAUUUGUAGUGUUCAUAAUUGCACACACUCCAGAAAAAAUGAUGUAUGUAUUUUACAUCGAUUUACAUCGAAUGAAAAAAUUUGUAAAGAGUGGGUUCGUCUUCUAGGAGAUGAGGACCUUUUGGGCCUUACACCACAAAUGUUGUAUCAAAAAAGAACCGUUUGCGGUUGUCAUUUUACGGACGAUGAUUAUGUUUCUUUCAAAAGAAAGAAACUGAAAAGUGAUGCGGUUCCAUCAAUAUUUGCAACGGAGAUCAUUCCUUUAAAUGACGAGCAAAUGAAGUCUUUUAUGCCUCAAAAUAAUGUGGUUGAAUCUAGCAUAGCUGUUCGAGUUUCAGUGGACCACGAUGACUGGCAGAAUAGUUUGAAUAAACGAAAAUCACAUGCAAUUGAUACUUGUGACUUACAAGUUGCUGAAAAUGAUACGUUUAUUAAUGACGAUAUUGAAGCAAGCCGGACGCCAUUAAAUGUGAUUCAACAAAAAUCUAAAAGAAGAUCGGUAGAUAUGGGUACUAUCGCGACAAGUGUUAGAGAAGCGACUCCUAGAAGGCAGAGAACACGUUCAUCAGAAUUAGCGUUUGAAAUGUUGGAUACGAAUUCAACAGUUCAGAAAGUUUAUCCGUUCCCAUUCAAUGAAAGCAGCAAUAUUAACGACUUGGAGUAUGUAAAUAUGCAGCAAGUGGUAAAAAAAAAAAAAGGGAUAUCUCAUCAAGCACUAUUAAGGAGAUUGAAUGGUUAUUUAAAAUAUAUGGAGACUUCACCCGCUGAGGAACUGGUUUCCAAAAUUGAUUCAUUAUUAAACAAUUAUUGUAAACCCAUUAAUUUUCGACGUGUGUGCUGAAUUUAUAAGCACGUCGCGUCACAAAUUCCAAAAAAACAUAUUAUUAUACGCCCUUUUGGCCUAUGAAAGUUUUCUAAACCUAUAAGGGCGUAUAAAAAUAAGUCAUUUCUGAAUAAGUAACGCGACAGAAUGUACGCGCACUUUGAAUUGUAAAUAUUUUUUGAAUUUAUAAUCGUGUUGUGUGUAUACAUAUUUAUAUAUAUUUUUUUCAUUAAUUACUUAAAUAACACUAAAUUGUAAAUAUUUUAUACAAUUGCAAGCGCAUUAUAUGUAUAUUAAUCUUAGCGCGCGAAUUUACAUUUCUUGGCAGUCAAUCAUUUAUUAGGUAUAAAGUUGUAAAUAUUUGAUUAAAUUACGAACGCGCGAUUUGUUUUUUUUCAUCGAACUGAUGUCGGUUUUCUAAUAAUUCAUUAUGUUAUUGCAAGCUAUUUUAACAAAUAAUACAUUUUUUAUAUAAUAACUUUUGAAAUAAUUAUCUAUAAAUCGCGAACAGAAAUAAUGAAUCACGCGUGCUGGUAUGCACUAUAAUUAUUUAAAUUAUAAACAUAUUUUCAAUUAUUCCUCGAGCUGCGAUAACUUCGAUCAUCCUUUUAAAUCAUUCAGGAGCAACAUCGUACGUGACAUCAAGAAGACUUAUGGAAGAAGCAGGAGUAACAAAUGCUAACCCUACACCGGAUGUUAAAGCUAUUUUAGAGUUUCUGAAAGCUGAAAAAAAAGCAAGGAAGGAAGUGGAAAAUCUCUUAGAAAAAAAAACAUUAGAGUGUGAGCAAUUGGAGGACCAAUUAAAAAAGAGAUCUUGCAAUUGCUCGCAAAAGUCAACUUUUUCUCAAGGUCUGUCGUUGUUAAUGGCUAUUGAAGAACGCAAUUACAAUCGACUAAGCGGUGGUGAACGCUACACCAAAAACGAAAUAAUAUUUUCUCUUAAUAUUUUUAAAAGAUCACCAAAAUGCUACCGAUUUCUGCAGAGUUUAUUUCAACUGCCAUCAGAAAAGACUCUCAAGCGGUCUUUUGCGGAUAUAAAAUUGCAUCCAGGUUUCAACGAUAUAAUUUUUUCUGCACUUGACAAAGCUACGAGUCGCAGUGUUGAUAAAUUGGAUGCAUAUUGUGCAAUUUUCGUUGAUGAAACGAGUGUAAAAAAGAGAGUUACGUUCACAGAAGGUGACGACUCUGUAACCGGGUUUCACGACGAUGGUAAUGGUUGCCGGAAGCCAGACUUAGCCGACCAUGUCACUGUUUUUAUGCUGCAGCAACUUCAUGGCCACGGAAAACAACCUUUAUCAUUCCACUUUACAAAAGGUCCAAUGAGUACAGAAGUUUUGAAAUCCUUAAUUACUCAAUUGAUAGAACGUAUUGUAGCUGCUAAUAAAAUCAAAAUUGUCGCAAUGGUUUCUGACCAAGGUUCGACAAAUAAAGGAGCCUUCAAUCUUUUAAUCAACGAUACUGUAGAUGGGCAUUAUACUCGUAAUUUUUUCACUGUCUCAACAUCGACAGAAAAAAUUUACAUAUUUUAUGAUGGUGCGCAUUUAAUGAAAACUACAAAAACUUGUUUUUCCGGAGCAUUCGACAAUUGGGUCCGUGAAGACCAGGCUAAUAACAAGAGAAACGAGUACGAAGGCAGAAUCAUUCAUUUGGGCAGUGAGAAGGCUUAUUGGCGGGAUGUUGUUGAUUACUACGAGACUGAUCCCAAUUGUCAUUUAACUGAAGAUCAUAUUUAUUCGAACAACAAAGUGAAGAUGAACGUGGGAAAGGCUGCUCAAGUUUUAAGCGCGACAACUGCCAGAAACUUAAUUAAACGAGGUAGAUCGAAUCCCAUUCAGCACCCAACAGCUGAAGAAACCGGACGAGUUAUAGGUAUAAUUGAUGAAAUGUUUGAUUCAUUAAAUGGGAGUAAAAUUGUUGGAAACGACCCGAAAAUCACUACUUCGAGAGCUUUGGUGACAAAAAAUUCUUCUCAUUUCAAUGAUUGGUUUUCAUAUCGCAAGUUAUUUGCAUCAUUUAAAUUUAUUAUUCCUAACAAAAAAGUACAAGGGAACAGACAAAGUGCUUCAAAAGAAAAUCAAAAAGAUAAUCACGUUAAAACGACUACUCCAAAAGCCAUAUUAAACAAUCUUUCAUCUGCCACUGACUUAUGUCGUUAUUUAUUAGACACUGCUGGAUUUGAAUCAAUUAACAUGCGACAUCUAUCUACAGACGGAUUGGAAAAUUUUUUCGGUGUCGUUAAAAGUUUGCAAGGCUGCAAUAGGAAUUUAAUCUGCUUACACUUUAUAAGUGCAUUUAAAGCUGCUCUGCUUACAUCAUAUUCAAGCUUCACGAUAAAAGGCACAAAUUGUAAAAAUGAUUACUUUUCACCAAUAAUCAGCUGCGAUGAUUUAGUGACGAAACAUACGAGUCAAACUUCUAAAGCAGAUGUCGAAUCAAAUCAAAUAGACUGUGAAGAAGAUGAUAAUAUUCCUCAAGUACAUUUGCUAGACACAGAUGAUAAUUUUCUUGAAUCGUUAAAUCUUUUUUUUGAUGAUGACAUAGAUGAUAAUGAUGACUGUAUAGUAUUGACUGAGGAACAAAUACCGGAGAAAAUAUUUCGGAAUGUUUUACGCUCAAUCAGUGAUACACAGUGUACAAAUUGUCAGUCAAAUAUUUAUGAAGUGAAUGAACCAUCUAUUCAGAUUAUGUCUGAAAAUUUAAAAAGUGCAAUUGCUGAAGCUGUUAAUAUUUUCAACAGAACUGUAAAACCUAAACUCCAUGAAAAAAAUAUUGGUUUGUUAGCGAUUACAGUUAUGACGUCUGCAUUUAGAAAUAAUUGGCUGACUUGUUCAAAACACCAAGUCUCGCUGAAUAGUAAAAUUGUUAGUAAAGUUGUUACUAUACUUAUUCAACAACAAUGUAAUAUUUUAAACCGACAAGUGAAAUUUGACGAACAAAAGGCAGCAAAUGACAGGAAAAUCUCUGAACUUAGUGGUAAAGGCAAAUGAACUGUUAGCUGGUUUAAUUUGGAGCGUUACGUUGUCUCAUGAAGAUUUUAAUGUACAGGCUUCGAGUGAUUUCCCUAUAUGAGACAUUUUAAUAUUACAAAUAUUUAUUUUCAAUUAUUUUCAUAUCUUGUUCGUGAUUGAUUGUUAUACAAUAAAAUUUAAUUUAUAUAUUUUUAUAA